UGACACCCACCGCGGCAGCGCUUCCCGGUCAAACCGUCCUGCUCCGGAGCCACGACGACUCACUCCGCCGAGCCGCACAAGUUCGGAGCACUUCGGAGGGAGAACUUCCUUCAUCUGCUCAAGAAGAGGGAGCGUCAAUCCUUCGUCAGCAAUGUCCAGAGGAAAAAAUGAGCUGUGUCGAAUAUGCGGCGGAGAUCUCCAGGGAAACCAACGGCGAUGGCUGUUUGGGGGCCAGAACAAGAAGACCAGCCAGCCUCAGACCCCAACAGAGUCUCUGAGGGGGGGAAGCCUGUCCAUGUCCUCGCAGAGCAGUCCCUGGGGCAGCACGGUAUCUUUGGGAUCCUCGGUGUCUCUCUCAAGGUACCAGGUGCCCAUGAGCUCCCCGUCCAAGAAUGGGGACCUGCUGGCGGUGCUGACCCACAUCCUGGGGCAGCCUGUGCCGCGCGGCGGCAGCCAGGGCGAGUUCUUGUGUGGCAAAUGCGUGUCUGUCCUGGAGCGGGUGUUCAAGUUCGACACUGUGUUGGCCCGAGUGAGGGUGCUCUCGAGCGAGCGGCUUCAGAAGCUGACGCAGGAGCGGGACAAGGUCCGGCAGUGGGUCCGGCACAACUACUGCCACCGGCACCCGCAGGAGUUCCAGGGCAGGAGCAGCAUCAGCGAGGACGACAGCGAGGUGGACAAGGACAGCUACAGGGAGAUGCUCAAGGAGAACAUGGCGCUCUCAGAGUACGAGUGCUGGUCCGAGAAGUGGGAUACCUGUCCGUAUUUUAUAAGAACCGGUAAACGGUGCAGGAAGGGCAAAGGGUGCGAGGGCUGCGACUCCCUGCGGGUGUCUGACUCGGCCUACGAGUCCGUCUGCGGGAUCCCUCGCCGCUUGCCCUUGCAGCCGUUCUCCCCGCUGUUGAUGUCGCGGGACGGCUCCCUCAGCGUGCCCCUCCACUGGCAUGGGGGGCCGUCAGUCAGCUCCAGCCCGGCCUCCCUGGCCGGGUCCACUCUCUCCCUGCGGGCGCCUUCUGUUCAGUCUCUGGACUCGCUCGACGGCCACGACCCUUUCCCCUCGCCGGGGGAUCCGUCGCUCAGCUUCGUCCUGAAGGAGCUGCGGCGCAUCGAAGGGAAGCCCAUCAGUUCCCCCUCGGGGAGCAGGAUCCCGGUGCUGGGUGUGAAGGACCGGAGCUACUCCGGACAGGUCGGGUCGGUGGCGUCGCCAACUCUCAACAGGGCGCUGAACUUUGGGGAAGUGGAAAACGGAAGGGAUGAAGAGGAUGGAGACGACCCAACAGAUCUGAGGGACGAGUUUAUACCAAUCAGAGAGAGCGCCACCGGUGGGACUCACACCGCCAUCAAGCACCUACAGGCCCAACUUGACCGGGCUGCGUCCCGCGUCAGGACCCUGGAGGCCGAGCUGAACCGGGAGGGGGGCGACCCGCCCGGAGUCAACGGGUCAGGGGACUGGAGCUCUCUGAGCCGGGAGGAGGAUGGCGGCGCCCUGCUGCACAGCCUGGGCCACGCCCUGCACAGCCGGGAGCGUCUGAUCCAGGAGUUCCUGGGUUUGAUCCGCAGACCUUGCGUGGAUGAGAGAGCGGACGCCGACCAGCUGACUGAGAAUCUGAAGGAAAUCCUCUCUGACAGCAAGGUUGCCGUGGAAACCCUGAGGUCUGAAAUAACCGAGAGGGAGAAGAAUCUGCAGGAAGAGGUGGAGGCCCUGAGGAAGGUUGGACGAGACCGAGACAGAGACCUGGACACGCUCAACGUGGUGCUGCAGUGCAACCAGGACAUCAUCAACGACCUGCGAGUGACUCUGGGGGAGAAGGAGCGGCAGCUGAAGGAGGUGGAGAAGGAGCGAACGCUGAGGAGGCAGCAGGAGGACGCCGUCGCCGCCGUCCUGCAGGAGAAGGAGGCGCUGAUCCGGUCCUUCAGGCUGCAGCUGGAGGAGCGUCGGACAGAUGUGGAGGGUCCCUCCGCCGCUGCCAUUGGUCAGCAGCCGUCGGUGGGCAGAGCCGAGCUUGCAGCCUUGCUGAGAGAAAUGGAGGGAAACAGCGCCACCUUGUGCCAGGAGGUCACCAAACUCACCGCAGCCCUGCAGGAGUACCAGGACAUGGUUCAGACUCAGCAGGAGAGCCACAGCCAGACGGUGUCCUCGCUGACGGCUCAGCUCAGAGACGCCCAGCGGCAGCUGAGGGAGAAGGACAGGGAGACGAGGGAGGCGGCGAGAGGCUGGAGGGACGACAGCGAGGACCGAGAGAGGGAGGAGAGGAGGCUGAGGGACAGCCUGCAGAAGAGGGAUCACCUCAUCCAGCAAAUCCUGCUGGACGCUGAGGAGCGGGACCGUCUGUUCAGAGAGCUGCAGCAGAACCUCCACAACAAGCGGGAGCCUGAGACGGCCAUCGAACAGGCGCCGUGACGGAGGACGGGGGGGCGUUCACCGGAGCACUUGACUUCGCACUUUCUGCACCGCCGCGCACGUCGGGUUUAUUUAUAUACGAAUCUUCAGACAUUCCUGGGGGGGUUGUGGGCGUGGCCUGAAGGGGGCGGAGUCUCCCACUGUCUGAACUCUCCGGAGCGAAUCGGGAAAUUCAGCGCCGGAGAGUCGGGCAGUUUUCAGGAAGGAGUGCGGCUCCUCACAGCCCCGUGUUUAGUACUUAGUUCUGAGUUUAGUUGUUGUUAGACACGUUUCUGACGGGGGGGUAUUGAUGGGCGGGG